AGCACCUGGUAGUUUCUCGGCAGGAAGUGAAGCAAACGAGGUAAAAGAAUCUUGUUAGAGAGAAGUGCCUCUUCCCCUGGACCGAGUUAAAGGUGGUUGAUACUGGGAAGUCGUGUUGCUGCAUCUGUUAAGCGUUGCCUGAGACAAAAGGAACUGACAGUGCGAGGCCAGGGACGCCAAACUGAAUUCUAAAUAUACUGCAGUUCGUGUAUACGUCUGUACCGGAGAAGCCAUGCUGUACGUGGCGGAAGAUAGAGCACGGCGCUCUCGUGGGUCUGUGCUAACGUUGGAACAUACAGGUAACGUGAACCAAAUAUUGACACCUGCCACAGCCACGGCGGAAAAUCUCGUGCAUCGGUGGAAAUAAGGGGCGUUAAUUGUGAGGGACACUCGGCGAGGAACACUGAAUGGAUUCCACACUGAGAGGGAAACGUGCGUAAACCAACAUGGUGAAGACAAAAGGACAUCGCGUAUUUCUCCUCUCCGCCGUGGUGACUUCAAUCACCAUGUUAUUCUUCCAUCAAACAUUCCUUUCGCGAAAUAAAAACGGCGAGGAAUUUCAAGAAUGCGGACUCGAUUGCUUACGGCACGAUACGAAGCCCUUUAUCCUGCAGACGCCCGGCUGCAGCAUCCCCGACUUCGACCCUCUGCAUCCCAGUGUUGCCAGAUUCAAGGUGAAGAAGCCCAAGAAGUACACUUGCUCCAGACGAAGACCGCUGACGGAGGUUCGAGGUCUGUCCCUCCUCCUGCACCGGGAUCGCGCCGAGGACUACGGAGUGACCGAGGAGGGGCUGUCCUGUGUGUAUCAGGGCAUCGUCAGAGUGGAGCAAGAGCCCGGUAACUUCACCAUGGACUGUGAUAAAAAAUUUAGCCUGAAGAAGAAGGUCCUCCUUCGAGACGCCAUCACUACCAUAGAUGACGACGGCGUGUUGGUGUCUUGUCACAGCAACGUAAAGAAACUCUAUGAAACAGUCCAUUACUUCCUGCAACCCCGAAGAUCCGAGGCAAAGAGAAAACGUUUUCAGGAGAAACAUGGCGACCGUCGACGAGACAUGCUAAGUGUCUUGAUCAUGGGCAUCGACUCUGUGUCUCGCGCCAACAUGCGACGAAACAUGCCCAAGACGUUCCACUUCCUGAAGGAUGAGCUUGGUGCUCUCGACUUCCAAGCCUUCAACAAAGUGGCCGACAACACCAACCCCAACAUGGCCGCUUCACUGAUGGGGCUCACUGAGAAGGAGUUGACUGAGAUCUGUCAGCCAAAACGUACGAAAUUUGACGACUGCCCCCUCAUCUGGAAGAAUUUCUCUGACGCAGGAUAUAUUACAGUGUAUGGGGAAGAUGACCCGUAUUCAGGUACCUUUCAUUACAAUAGGUAUGGGUUUGUUAAAGAGCCCACUGACUAUUACAACCGGCCUUAUAUGUUGGUUUCUCACACAUACACAAAACACAAUGCAGGGAAAUCCGGAAGCUUUGUACUUUGUUUGGGAGGAGAAAAGAGCAUAUCAGUUAUCCAUGAUUACUCACUGGCUGUUGCAAAUACAUUCCGAGACACACCUUAUAUUUCCUAUUACUGGAAUACAGGCAUAACACACGACCAAGUCGAAUGGGCAUCAGCCACUGAUCUGCCUUCGCUCGAGUAUCUGAGAAAACUAAAUGAGAGUGGCGUGUUGGACCACACCAUACUCUUCUUCAUCAGUGACCAUGGAAUCAGGUUUGGAGACAUCAGACUGACCUACGCUGGCCUGUUAGAGGAGAGACUGCCAUACUUCUUUGUGCUGUUUCCCCCAUGGUUCAAGGAGAAGUACCCUGAACCCUGGAAGAACCUCAACACCAACACGAAAAGACUCGUAUCAAACUUUGACUUCCAUGUAACACUAAGAGACAUCCUUGCCAAGGCAUAUGAGAAUAAUUUCACCAGUUUGCCACCGAUGCCACAUGGACAGAGUUUGUUCCAAGAGAUCCCCGACAACAGGAAUUGCGAGGACGCUACCAUACCAGAACACUACUGUACUUGCGAACGAUCCAAGCAAGUAGAAGCCAAUCACCCGCGUCUUCGCAAGGCUGCAGAGUUUGUCGUAAACCAACUUAAUUAUGGAAUGGGAGCGUUUCCUGAAUGCAUCGAACUGCACGUAGCAGAGGUAAUCAGAGGUCGAAUGGGACUGAAUCGUAAAGGUGUUCGACCAGACGAGGCCAAGACGAAGACUAUAUCUGUCGUCUUCACCACCUUGCCGGGUAAUGCUAAAAUGGAAGCGACAGUGAGACAGUACGAGGACAACUUCGAACUCACAGCCGACGUCUCCAGGAUCAACAAAUACGGCAACCAAAGUCACUGUAUCUCCGACCCUUUCUAUGCAAGAUACUGUUACUGCAGAGACUUGCUACCUUCUGAAUCCCCUACAUUACCCAUGUAGAUGAAUUCUUUUCGGAUGGCCUAAUGUUUAC